AUGCAAAGCGCAGAAACGAAUAGCCCGUUGAAACGGGAGGAUGCAGUGACGGUUGAUGAUCUUGAGCAUCUGUGUGCUCGCGUGCAGUCUGACCCCUGGAAUCUAUCAAUUUAUACCAAAGGUAUAUACAUUGCCGUUCGUCUGAAGCACGAUAAGUAUCUGGAGUAUCUCCGAACACAAUGUGUAAAGCAUUGCGUAGUUGAGGACCGUUUUUGGUUGACCUGGAUCGAGGAUAAAAGGCGUGAUAGCAGUGAUGAUGAUAUAAUAUCCAUGUAUGAAUGCGCUGUUGACAAUGAGCCUUCUGCUGAUAUCUGGAUAGCAUAUGUACGUUUUGAGCGUCGUCGUUCACUACCUGAUUGUAACCUCGGUCGCAUGCGUAGUUUAUUUGAGCGUGGUUUGAAAUCAGUAGGUCUUCAUGCUUUGGACGGUCCUCUGCUUUGGAGUGAAUAUCGUCAGUUUGAGCAAGAGUUGCUUGAAAGUUGUGAUGAAAGUGAUUAUGGCAACCAACUUGAACGUGUUCGUGCCUUAUUUUUUCGUCAACUUGGUCUUCCUCUUGCAGGUUUGCCAGACCUGUUGGACGAAUACCGCGUCUGGGAGUCUGAACUCCCUAAAGAAUAUCGCAGGCCUGUUACCGAGGGCGAAUUGAUCCAUAAGUUGGGUUUUGAUGCUUGGGAGCGUCGUAAAUGUUUUGAAUUGAAGGUACAAUCUGAAUUUGAUGAGAUUCUUAACCCUGGGAAGAUGAACAACUUGUGGAAUGAGUAUCUUGACUUUGAGUUAGAAUGUGGUGACCGUGACCGUAUCACAAUCGUAUACAUGCGUGCGUUGGACGACCUUGGUUACGAGCGUGAUGACUUGUGGAUGCGUUUUUCUCGACAUGCUCUGAGUGUUAGUGAUAAGUUUGCACUUUGGGUAUGUGAGCGUUCGAGUCGUCAUAUGCCGCGUUCUGUUAACAUAUGGAUAAACUAUCUGCAGAUGAUUGUCAGUGUCCCUUCAACUGGUGUUGAGGAAUUGGUUGAGGUAUUUGAUAGGGCAGUGACUGCACUUACCGAGACCAGUUCGCUGAUAAGUCUGCAUAUAACUGCGGCCGAUUGUCUUCGCCGUCACCACCCUGAAUCAAUUGAGGUUUUCCGUCGUAUCUUGUUACGUCAGGAAGACUUAUUGUCUAAGAUGGGUGACUUUAGCUGCGACGCCAAGGGUACAUACAGAUUACUUACAUAUUGGGGUCGUCAGGAGCUACGUCUUUUGAUGAGUAAUAAAGGUACCCUUGAGAAUUACCUUGAGGUGAUAAAGAAGCUAUUACAGCGCUUUGUGAACGAUUCCCAAUGUUGGUUGUUUGUGAUUGAGGGUGUGAAGAGCUUGGACGCUUGUGGUAAGUGUGACGCUGCUUUUAUGUCAUCACUUAUCGCUGCUGUUUGCCGUGUUGUUGCUCCCAAGAGUUCUUAUGAUGGAGUACCAAAGAGUGCGCACGAUUUGAUAAUGUGGUUAUUUGAUACGGCGCAUCAAUUUUUGUCUGCUGGGGACAUCUCUGAAUCCUAUAUCGACUAUGCUCAGACUUGUGGUGACGUUGAGGACAUAAAGCGCGCGCACAUGACUGCGGCUACUCAAUCUCACCAAUCUGAAACGCGUUGUACGGGUUCAACACUAAGUCUGAAUAACAUAAUCUUGCGUCGCGAUCAUCGUCGUCGUCGUCAAUCAGAAUCGUAUUCUGAGACAUCUUCUGACAGCGGUUCUUGUUCACAUCGUUAUAUUAAGAGCAGUUGUCGCGUGCGUUCAGAGACGUCUUCCGUGUCAAUUCCAUCACCAAAGCUUUCUAUGCGUGACAUGGAGUUUGCUACUCGUGCAACUUGGGAUGGUAACGAGAGUGCUGACCCCUCUAUUGCUCCCGCAGUACCUCCAAGUUUGACUAUGCCUCCCCCUCCACCUUCAUCACUGAUAUCUAAGUUUGGAUCUCAGUUCGCUAUGUACCAAGGUGUACUGACUCCUCCGGACAGUUCUCCUGAUAUGAAAUACACUCCUCGAAGCUUGGGUUCAUCUAGUAUGUCUAACCUCUCCAUGCUUCCUCAAUCCAUGAUGUCAGUGAGUGAUGGCCAGCUGUCUGGUGUGAAUAAGCGUCCUUAUGACGAUCCUUAUGAUAGCAGUACUAUUGACUCAGAGCGUAUUAGUCGUAUUCAAUUACUUCUUUCUAGUGACAGGGAUGUGUUGAAUAGUUGGUUGUCAGGUGGUGGUCAUCGCAACACACUUUGGGUGUCCAAGGUGGGUGGUGUAUUUGAGGAAUCGGAGUUGAAUUCUAGAUUCUCAUCUCUUGAGGGUUUUAAGUCUAUUCGCUUGUUACCGUCUGGUGUUGGUUGUCACAUUGAAUUUGACAAUCACGAUAACGCGUUGCGUGCGAAGACGAUAGUGUCGUCGAUGACUUUUGAUAACUGUCGUUUUGAAUGUGAGCUGUGUAAGCCUUCAAAGGUGUUGUAUGAUGACAAGGUGUUGUUUGUUAAGCGUAUUUCCGAUAUAGUUCCAUUAAACCAAGGCAAGAUAACGCAGGUUUUGCGUCAGUUUUUUUGUGAUUUAGGUUACGAGCCUGUGAACAUUCGGUUCCCAUCUAUAGGUGUGGACGGCUAUGAUGGUGAAUGUCAUACGCGCGUGCCGGAUUACUGUUACGUAUCUUUCAAGGAGGACGACAGUGCUCGUCUAAUCAUUAACAAGUUGUUGUCAAGUUCUGGUACUCUAAGUUGUACUCUUGGUGACGUUGGGUUUGACGUGUCUCCUUCUACGCCUAUGUUUCGUAAACGGCUGCGUCUUGGUAUGGAUUCUUCUUACAAGGAGAACGAUAGUGAUUUGGUUGACAGCAGUGAUUAG